AUGAAUCUGCAAUUUCUUAAGAAUUCUUCUAAUUCUAACAGUGUCUCCGAUGGAUUUUCUCAAGAAAUGACCUUUAUAGACCCACCUUCUGGGCACUUUCUCCAGGAUAAAGAGAGUGGUGGAAUGGAGUUUCAUUAUUUGAGUGCACCAAUGGAGCAAAAUCAGAAAAGGGCAGAGGGAAGAGUAAACAAGAAGAAAAUUUACAGGACUGAAGAUGAGGAAAUUGGGAGGAAAAGUGCACACACAAAACUGUGUUCUAGAGGCCAUUGGAGGCCUCAUGAAGAUGCUAAACUCAAAGAACUUGUUGCCCAGUUUGGUCCUCAAAACUGGAAUCUCAUUGCUGAGAAACUUCAAGGAAGAUCAGGGAAAAGUUGCAGAUUGAGAUGGUUCAACCAAUUGGAUCCAAGGAUUAACAGAAGUGCUUUCACUGAUGAAGAAGAAGAAGCACUUUUGGCUGCACACAGAGUGUAUGGCAAUAAAUGGUCCCUGAUUGCUAAGCUAUUCCUCGGAAGGACUGAUAAUGCAGUCAAGAAUCAUUGGCAUGUGAUCAUGGCAAGAAAAUACAAAGAGCAAAACAGUACUUACAGAAGAAGAAAACCCGAUUUCUCACCGCAGGGAUUUCCCAUGACUGAUCUCCAAAUAGGCAAUGCAUCAAGUGCAACAACAAUUUCUAGAUUAAAGGAAGAAGAAAAAGUUGGUAAAGGCCCCAUGGCAAAUGGUGUGUUAGUGGAUCAAUCUGGUCAUUCAGAUUCAAACUCACACUCUGAAGUUUCUGCAUCUGAAUCAGUAGCAAACAACAGGGCCAAUCUCUGCAUGUUUGGGGAAGAUGAUGAUCAGAAUGGAAAAUUACACAAGAGUAACUUGGCAUUCAUUGAUUUUCUUGGAGUGGGAGCCACUUGA